GCCACCUGCGUCCUGGCAAAAUAUUCUCAGGGUUGGACCACAUCAGAGGACCACCUACAGCUGCGGAAGCGCGGUGAAUUAAGCUGAAAGUACGCGCCGCUCCAAGCGCGCUUCCUUAUAAUUUCCUCCUUAUAAAAGAGGAACAUUUAACCGGCGGGUCAGGAGUUGCUGCUCAAGUCGCGCUGAGAGAAUAGGAAGCCAGGUUUAAACGCAGCCAUGGACGGGAGCGCUCAGAGAUCAACUUUUACUGGAUGGACUGAGUGUUGGGCUGUAAGACGGAUCCGCAGGUUGGUUCCGUUGGGUUUCAAGGAUGAAGUUAAAGAGCUGUCCAAGCUGUCCGCACCAGUGAUGAUGGCUCAGUUCAUGAGUUAUGCCGUGAGUUUUGUCAGUACUGUGUUCUGUGGCCAUCUGGGGAAGACAGAGCUGGCAGGGGUAUCUUUGGCCAUAGCUGUGAUUAAUGUCACAGGUAUAUCUAUUGGCUUUGGGUUGGCAUCAGCAUGCGAUACACUAAUAUCUCAGACAUAUGGGAGCGGUAACCUUCCGAGAGUUGGAGUGAUUCUGCAGCGAUCGAUCCUCAUUCUGUUACUGGCUUGUUUCCCCUGCUGGGCGAUCCUCAUCAACACAGAGCCCAUUCUUUUGGCUGUCAGACAGGAGCCAGAAGUUGCUAGUUUGGCUCAGAUGUAUGUAAAGAUCUUCAUGCCAGCACUUCCAGCUGCUUUCAUGUAUUCUUUACAAUCAAGAUAUCUCCAAAACCAGGGGAUCAUUUGGCCGCAGGUCAUCACAGGGCUCAUUGUCAAUCUGCUCAACGCCCUCAUCAACUACAUUGUGCUUUUCGUGUUAAACAUGGGUGUAGCGGGCUCUGCUGUUGCCAACACUUUGUCAGAGUUUUCCUUGGCUGGAUUCCUUUAUGUUUAUAUCAUGUGGAAAGGUCUUCACAAGGCAACCUGGAUGGGCUGGUCCAAAGAGUGCCUCAAUGACUGGAAAUCUUACGUUAAUUUGGCUAUUCCUGGAAUGGUCAUGAUGUGUAUUGAGUGGUGGACAUAUGAGAUUGGAAGUUUUUUAGCAGGUCUAAUAAGUGAGGUUGAACUUGGAACGCAGUCAGUUGUGUACCAACUGGCCAAUAUUGCCUACAUGUUCCCUUUGGGUUUCAGCGUUGCGGGCAAUGUGAGAGUUGGAAACGCUUUGGGAGCCGGAGAAACGGAGCAGGCAAAGCUGUCUGCGAAGGCAACAAUGUUCUGUGCAGGCUCAGUGUCUAUUUGCUUGGCAGUGCUCAUUGGGAGCCUGAAGGAUCAUAUAUCUUACAUCUUUACAUAUGAUGAGCAAAUUAGGGAAAGGGUUGCAGAAAUUAUAUCUUUCUAUGCUCCAUUCAUCCUCCUGGAUGCCAUGUCGGCUGCGUCUGGUGGUAUUAUAAGAGGAGCGGGUAAACAGAGAGUUGGGGCUAUCUGCUACUUCUUGGGAUAUUAUGGCAUCGGUUUUCCCAUUGGAAUCCCCCUGAUGUUUGCUGCCAAACAAGGAAUCAAGGGUCUGUGGACUGGUUUGUUUACCUGUGUGUCACUGCAAAGUGUAUUCCUGAUUUUCUAUCUGGUCAGAUUGAACUGGAAAGCAGUUACAACAGAGGCCCAGAUCAGAGCAGGGGUGAUUGACAGCUCCUCAAACACAAGUCCCCAACUAGCAGAUGCCGGGAACUCGCUGAGCCCAACAGACAACGGGGAUCUGGUCGAUGCUGAAGAAGUUUCUGCUGUAAAAAACCCUGAAGUCCAGCUCUCCUAUAGGAGCCUAGUUCUGCGAAGAGGUUUCGCUCUGGCUGGCAUGCUAUCGAUCCUGGCUGCCGGAAUCAUUAUAAACCUGCUCGUCACGAACUUGGUUACUUGACCGCGAGCGACUAUCUAUCAUAUUCAGGGAGCAAACUCCCUUUUGCCACAACUGCAAAGCAAAACAUAGAUGUUUGCGCUGCAGCACACAGCUGGACAGGGGAUGUCACACAUUAAGAUAAGCAGGAAGCAAAGAGAAAACAGGAAAAGCAACAAUAACAGGUUAACGAUGUAAACUCAGAAAUCGAGAUUAUUCUCUGGAACGACAAGAAUUAUUUCUGAUUAUGAUCUGGAUCUUUAUAGUCGCGUACGGCGAGAGUGAGUCGAACUGAUGAAGGUUUAAUGGCAAUAAAUAAAAACGCGCCGGUCGGCUUCAGCUCACUCUGACUGUCCAUUAGGGACCAACAUGGUGGAGAAAAUUGGAUCAGGGGUAUACGUUGCAUUGAUCCAGUCUGUUGCGGUGUUGUUGCCCUCUGCAAACCGGAUCUCUGGCAAAGGAACGAGGAGGUGCACCGCUGUUCCCACAGCUAGGAGAGCAACUGCUACUAACACGGUGAGGCCUCUCCUGAUGAUCAGCUGGGUGGUGGAGAGGUGUCUGUCUUUCAGCUGCUGGACCUCACAGCCACCUUGCCUUUCAGGAUUUCCAUCCUGACUCUCAGUACUGACAGAUAUGUAUCCGUCCGCUGACUGUGAGAAAGUAUAACAAUCCCCAUCAAUUCAUUUUCUUCUGUUAAGAAUGAUUUCAUUUGUUUGAAGACAAUAAAGCCAAAUGAUAAAAAAAAAAA